AACAAGACUGCAUGCACUCAUGCAGAGCUCACGAUCUUGAACACUCGAGCUGCUGCUUGCAAUAUAAAUAGGUUCAAAAAAACAUUCUAAUUGUCAAAAGUUUGCAGAAACUUUGAGAGAAACAACUGAAAAAAACAUACAGUAUUGCAUAACUGCACGUGAUUCAUGUGGGGUUGGCUCAGGAGAAAUAACCCCGUCUCUCUUUACCUCAGAGAAAACUCAUCUUCUAACAUCUUCAAAGAACUUUGAACUUUGCUACACCAUAAUGGUUCUCACUGUGGCACAGAAGAGCCUCGUCUUGAUCUUCCUGCUUCAUCCCUGUAUUCUAAGUGCGCAACAUGUGAACACACGAACCCUUGCAAAUAUUGUAAAAGCCUUUGAGGCCAAGUUGGGUAAAUCCGGUCAAUACGCUGUAGCCUUAAGAGUCGGGAAGGAGAAAUGUUCAGAUUCCAACUAUUCUGGUCAAGACUUAAUAACAGAAGAUGUGAAGAAUACGAUUGAGAAUAAUGAUGUUUACAAGAGCAAUAACCUCAUAGCUGCAAAAGCUCUGAAAGGUGAAAACACGCAGCAUUCGGAGUAUCGCCUGAAGAAUUAUCUGAAAAACAUCUUGAAUGCUAAAGGUGAAUGUGUGAUUUUUUUCACCGUAAAUUCACCCUGUUUGGACAGAUGUCUAGCAGAGGAAGGGAAAUAUACAAUUAAACGCAGCCUAACAAUGCUGCAAAAUUACGAGGGAGUUAAAGCCCUUGCUUUUAAAAAGGUCUGGACGCAUGAUACAAUGAAAAAUCUGAAAAAACGACUUACAGCAAUAGCACCCGAUUUGCCAUGUUAUCAGUGUGAAAAUUACAAAGCUGAAUGUGAUCGCCUGUAAGACCUGUAAGAGUCUUAGACACAUGACAAUUACAAUUUCCUUACAUGCUUGAUUUCUAUUUACUCAAUAAAAUGAAUGAAAGAUGCAUAAACUGUAAUACUUCUGCUUUGUUGACAACCUUGUUAAUGACACCAGGACUGCUUACUGCCUGACCAAAUAAAACAUUGU